AAACCUGUUCACUGUUUAAUUAUGGAAUCAGAAAGAAUACAAACCUUGGCUUUAAACAAGCUCAAGGAGUUACCACCCCAGUUCAUUCGCCCAGCCAAUGAACAGCCAAAGAAUAGCAAGGCCAUGGAGGGUGUCACUGUGCCUAUCAUCUCACUGUCUCAACCACACCAUCUUUUGGUGAAGCAUGUCACGGAAGCAGCCUCCGAGUGGGGAUUCUUUCUCAUCACCGACCAUGGUAUAUCCACAACACUAAUCCAACGUUUGCAAGAAGUGGGUCAAGAGUUCUUUGCCCUCCCUCAGAAGCAGAAGGAAGAAUAUGCAAAUAACCCUUCCACGGGUAGCUUUGAGGGCUAUGGGACCAAGAUGACCAAGAACCUUCAAGAAAAGGUGGAGUGGGUCGACUAUUAUUUUCAUCUAAUGUCUCCUCCUUCUAAGGUCAACUAUGACAUGUGGCCCAAAAACCCUCCUUCCUACAGGGAGGUAACACGAGAAUACAAUAAGGAGAUCUCGAGGGUAACUGACAAGGUUUUGGAGCUUUUGUCUGAAGGGCUCGGGUUGGAGAGGAAGGUUUUGAAAUCCUGCUUGGGAGAUGAAGAAAUAGAAAUAGAAAUGAAGAUAAAUAUGUAUCCACCAUGCCCACAACCAGAACUGGCAUUGGGUGUUGAGCCUCACACUGACAUGUCUGCCCUUACCUUACUUGUCUCAAAUGAUGUUCCAGGCCUCCAAGUUUGGAAGGACGAUAACUGGAUUGCAGUAAAUUACUUUGCAAAUGCACUUUUUGUACACAUUGGUGAUCAACUUGAGGUGAUAAGCAAUGGAAAGUACAAGAGUGUUCUACACCGAAGUUUGGUGAACAAGGAGAGCAAGCGCAUGUCAUGGGCAUUAUUUGUCGUGCCUCCACAUAAGGCGAUGAUUGGACCACUUCCCUCGAUCGUCAAUCAUCAAAAUCCACCUAAAUUUUCAACAAAAACCUAUGCUGAGUAUCGCUAUCGAAAAUUCAAUAAGCUUCCCCAAUAG